UUUAAAUCCCGCUCAAAUCAAAUUUCAAAAAUUAUGAACUGCAUUUCCAUGUAAAUCACAAAUUCACAAUAAAUAAUCAACCGAACGACUAACAGAAUGAAAUGAGGUCGGAUCUGAAAAAUCGGUCGGCCAAUUCCACUCGCGCUUCACCGGCAAUUACUAAGCGCUUAAAAAGUGUUGAGGAUUUAGCAAAUCCUUGUUCUUCAUCCUCCAGAGGAAGCUGCUUCAAAGAGAGUGUUAAUAAUAACAAAUCAGACACCACGAAACUGAGUGCAGAGCCACUGCCGAUGAAGAGGAAGAAAAAGGGAGGGGGAUACAAUUUAAGGAAUAGCCUAGCAUGGGAUAGAGCCUUUUUCACUGAAGAAGGUGUUCUUGAUCCCAUAGAACUCUCUACAAUUAGUGGUACCUCUUGUGGAGAGGGAUUGUUUGCCAUAGAUGAAGAAAUUUCCAGUGGUUCAUGUUAUCCUAUGGAAUCUGCUGAUACUCCAGCAAUUGGAAACGAUCUAAUUAAAGAACCUCCAACUGGAGCUUUGGUUAAAUAUAGGAGUGAUUGCCCAUCACCAAAGCCAAAUUCAUCAGCUCCGAAUGAUGUCAUUUCAACUUCUAUGACCUCACAAAAGUCAACUUGUCCUAGUAGCAAAUUUGGGUCCAAUUGUGGUGACAGUACUCGAUCUUUGCCUACAUCAAGUUUAAAAAGGCCAGCAAAUACAACUGUUGCCAAAUCUGCAACAAAUGCAUUAAAACUGCUGAAAGUUCCUGUUUCAAAGUCAGGUCCUAGAGUGAGCUAUUUGAAGCAUGACCAGGUUACAGAACCAGUUGUUAGCAUCCAGAGGAAUAUUGGAUCAAAGAGAUCCUCCAAAAGUCAGAAAAACGCUGAAGAUACAUCAAAAGCUGGCACUUUAAGACCGCCCCGCCAUUCAAAAGGAAAUUCAAAUUCACAGGAAAACUCAUUGCAGAAAGGACAAUCAUCUAUCGAUAAAAGUCCCCUGCCUGUUGACAAACCCAGUAAUUCUGGUUCAAAGAUGAUAUCGGAUAUUAUGGUUCCAUUCAACCCAGGGCAUUCAUUUGAGACCCGAGACCCCACAACAAUCUCCAUUUCGGUUGCCCAGAAAGCUUGCAGCAGUGGAGGUAAUAUGCAUCCUUCACCAAAUCAAGCCCCCAGACCAUCAGGUUUGAGAAUGCCAUCACCAUCAUUAUCGUUUUUCAGCCAGCCUAAAACUUCGGGCUCUUGUAGCUUAUCAUGGAGAAAUACAGACUCAAAUGUUUGUGGGAUAAAAAAACUUGAAAAUUUAAGGUCACGUAAUACUUUGAGGAAAAGCCCGAAGCUGGCCAAUGGCACUGAAGCUAGCACAAGUAAUUGCAAUAGGCUCAUAAGCUCCAGAUCAGAAUGUUCUGCACCAUUUGAGGUCAACGCUAUUUCAUGUGGAAUAAUUGAAUCUAACAUGGAGGAAAACUCUGCACAGAAGGUGGAAACAAAGGUUUUAGUUGAUGCCAAUAGUUCUGAGCCAAGAGGUAAUAACAUUGAUAUUAAUGGACAGAUUCAGGACGUUCUCAAGCAGAUUGAAAUUGAGAAGAUAAUACCCCAGGAGGAUAUAGAAUUUCAGAAGAAUGACAAAGAAGUUCCCUUACGAAGUACUUCAAGUGAAAAAGUGACAGAUGAUAUCAAGCUUAAGAGUACUAUCCUUGGUAGUCCAGGAAAUCGUGAAUCUUAUAUGAGUGGAUGGGGAAAUUCAAAUCUAGUGUCUCCACAUGACUGUUUGAUGCUUGGCACAAGUGAAUCUGAUACAGAAGCUGCAACUGAUGAACAACAUGAAGAGCCAAUAAUUUGCAAAUUUUCUGUCUCGAAACAUGAUAUUAGAUCCCAAACAUUGACAGCAGGGAGUAAUUUGGUGGAAACAUGUAUGAAGGAUUGUCAUGAACCACCUAGGGAGCAAAUUGACCAAUUAAAGGGCCCCACUGGAGAUGGGCAUAAUUUGAAGACAAAUAGAAGAGAUAAUGAACCAGCUAAAGCGUCCCAAGAAUAUGGAAGUUGGCAUUGUGGAAAUUUGGAUUAUGAAGCUCUAGAAAGUAAUAUGAAAAGUCCAUGUUCUGCAUCUAAGAAUGAACAUAAAGAUCUUUCAGUAGAAGCUGCUACUACAGAUGCGAGAACUUAUAACUCACUCGUGGGACAGGCACAACUGCAGGCUCCAGAAGAUAUCUUAACUACUGAAAACUCUAAGAAUAACAUCAGUCAUUUAUUGGUGGUUGGUGCUAUUAAUGAGCAAUCAGGAAAAGCUUCAGAGCUUGAGGACAUUAACCAAGAAGUUGAACAAGAUUCACAGAAUAAUUAUUUGCAUACAAGUGAUUGGUUGUUGCCAGAAAACCAAGCAUGUUGUAUAGAAUCCCUGCAAGAAAAACUCGCUGAGACACUUCCAGUGGUUGCUAUGGCUGGAAAAGAUGUAAAUCAAUUUUUUGAUGUUUACAUGGAAAGAACUCAGGCUCCAGCUGCGGUUCAUGAUGCUGAUUUAAAUAUAGACAAAAUGAUCAAACAACCUCUAAUCAGGGAUAAACAAUUUAAUUCUACAGAAAAUAGCCAAUUAUCUGAAAGUCGCGACAUUUUAAUUGAUUUGACUUCCAGUUAUGAUGGUGUACUCGCAGCUGAAGCUAAUUAUUUUAAACUUAAAAGUUCCCCUAAUGAAGUUACAAAGUCAUUUGUUAGAGGUGAUGGGAGAUUGCCAGAUGACAAUGACAUGUGGAAUAUGGGAAUUUAUGAAUUGAAAGCUGAUUUGUUGUUGGACACUGCAAGUAAACAACUGUCAAACAGUCCUCAUCAGGAAACACAGGCAACAGAGAUAAACUAUAGUAGUUUGUUUUCCAGAAGCAUGGUGUUUGAAGAGCCGCAGCAAAUUAUUAUUGAAAAGACUAUAGAUUCCAGGCCAAUGUUAGAUGAUUAUCAUGAAAAAAAUUUAAGAAUUUCUGGAGUAGAUAAGGAGAGUACUGGAUCUGGCACGGAGGAUUUGAUGGUGCAGUCAUAUGACAAAGCAUUAAAUGAAUGCUGUGUUGAGCUUACUUCAACAGAUCCUAGUCAAUAUAUAAGGGAUGCUGACUGUGAUGAACAGUCAGGACAUUUGAAAAUGCCUAAUCCUGUUGUAGUUGAAGAUCUUUUCCGUAGUAAUGAUGGAUUGCCUUUGAAGAAUUGCUCUCCAUCUGUAACAAGCAUUAUCUCUGAUGAAUAUGAUCAAACUAGUGUUUUGGAUAGCAUGGUGGAUUCUGUUACAAAACCAAGUGAUCUACAUGGAGGCGAAAUAAGAUCCAGUGUAGACGUCGAGAAACCAAUUUUGAUGCAUAAAACUUGCAGAGAUGCAGAUGAAAUUGUCAGUCAAUUAUGCAUACAGUAUCAGAAUAAGAUUGAAGGUUCUCAAGACGGUAGUACUUCUGUUAGUGAUGAAUCUGACAAGGAUAAAGCUGCAUUCGCAGCAAUCAAUAAAUUUUGUGAUGGUCUUAAGAAGAAAAGUCAUACAUUUGUACCCCCACAAAAUGCUGUUCCAUUUUCUGAUGAAUGGUUGGCUGCCAUUGAAGCUGCUGGGGAGGAUAUUCUCACUGUGAAAAGUGGUGCUGUAAAACAUUCACCUCCUGACAAAUCUCUUCCCGAGCGAAAUCCAUGGUCUCCGGUGAAAAGGAAAACCAAUCAGAUAGGACCCUUUGACUGUACAAAGUUCACCUCCAUCUCGCCCUCUAACUCCAGCUAAACCAAAAGGUUUGGCAUAAUUCUGAUCUGACUGUAGUGACUGAUCUAGAAUGACACUAGGAUUAUUGGUUGCUACCACUUCACAAAAAUGCAUAAUAAAUCGUCCUAUUCUUUUUUCUUUAUGGAUGGUGGAUCGCCGAAGACUUCUUCUGCUUAUCAUUAUAUCAAAAUGGAAACAAUCCAAAGCUAAUCCUGUAGUUCACUGAAAUGCUUCAAUUCGUUAUAAUUGAGGAGUAGGUUCUUUGUUGUAAUUUUAUAAUCUUGUACUCAAAUAGGAUUUCGCUCUCUCUGAACAAAAUUUAUGGACACAUGAACACCUUUUAAUGCUAGUUUCAUAAAUAAUUGAAUGCUGGCACUAUCCGCAAGUUAGAUAGUGCUAAAAGUUGUUCAGCUACCA